AUGCUAGCCCGGUAUUCGCGCCUCGGCGCUUUUUCUCUCUUCGCGUUUCUUCUCCUCGUCUGGGCAGGUUAUCACAACGUUCUAAGGGGUAGCAUCCGCCAUGUGGCCCGGCCCGACGCACCCUCAUCGCAGAAUGCUGUCCACGACAUAUCACCUCCGCCGUCGACGAAUGGAGGUCCAAUCGAAGCAGCUCAUGCCACCGCGUCCGGAAUCCCCGUCACUACCGUACUGUCACUUUCAGCGACGCCUAAACCCCUCCCCUCCGCUCCAUCAGGCCCCUCCCCCAACGCCUACGUCUUCUACGCCACCCAAAACGAAUACGCCUGCUCCGUCCUCGUCAACAUCGACCGUCUCCAAAACCUCUUUCACACCACCCACCGCAUCUUCGUGCUCGCAUCCCUCAAAGUCUCCACACCAUUCAUCCGCGCCCUCGAAGCACGUAACGUGACCGUAAGCGUACAAUCCGCGCCGCCUCUCGCGCACGGCAGCGUCGGCUACUACGAAGACUGCCUGCUCAAGCUCCUCGGCUUCCGCAUGCACGAGAUCGAUCCCACCCUCAAGCGCGUGCUGGUGUUGGACGCCGACCAGCUCAUCGUGAAUAGUCUCGACCACGUUUUCGAGCUCCCGGAGGUCGACCUCGCGGCGCCGCGCGCGUACUGGAUCGCGAAGGACUUCUUCAGCAGCACGUUCAUGCUGAUCAACCUGAGCGACCGCCUCUGGAAGCGCGUCGAAGAGGGGAUCAAGACCAUCGCGCCGGAUAAAUACGACAUGGAUCUCGCGAACCAGUUGCUCGGGGAUACGGUCAUAAUGUUGCCAGGGAGCUACGCGACGCCGAAUAGCCACUGGGAGGACUGGAAUAUGCCGAAGUGGUUUAGACCUGAGGCUACCAAUGACACAACGAGGGCGAGCGGGCCAUUCGGGUUUGGGGAGGCGGCGGUAGGGGAGGAGAAAAAGCAAGGGUUGAGGAGGAGGAGGAGGAACGCGCCGCCGCCGCCGCCACUGUUCAGGGACGAGAACGGAUGGCAUAACGUGCACAGCGACGAUGCGCCCUCAACGACCGGCUUCGUCGUGUCGGACGCGACUGCCACGCCCUGGCAAGCAUCCUCGCAUUCCUUGUCCUCGCACGCCGGGGACCACAUCCACUCCUCCGCCUCCCCCUCACCCUCCUCAACAGCCAGAUCCGAACCCGCCCCCGCCGCCCCUCUCGACCGCCUCGCCCCCAUCGACAUCCUCAGCCACCCCCUCCUCGGGCCCCUCCAAUCCCUCGCCACCGCCACGAACGUGCUCCACUUCUUCGCGCUCGGCAAGCCCUGGAGCUACAGUCUCGCAGACGUGAAAGCAGCGCGGCCGUACGCGCACCCUGCGUUUGUCGAGCAGUGGCGCGUGUGGAGGACGGCGGCGCGGGAUGUGUGUCCGGUUUGGACUGUGAAGGCGAUGGAGAGGGUGAGGGUUGAGGUGGAGGCGAAGGCGGAGGAUAUUGGGACGAUGGUUGGGGGGUGGGAGGAGGAGGAGUGGGAGUUGAAGGAGGUGGAGAGGGAGAUGAGGGUUGUGGAUGUGGUUUGA